GACAUGCAUUAAAAGGCAACGGCUUCGCUUCUUAUCUACCCCCUCAAGGUCACUCAAAAUGAAUUCUACUUGCCUGAAUGAUGGCUCCUUGGGACCUGGUGUUCGGGGAUGUCGAGGCGAUUUCGACUUCACCCAGAAAUUCGAACGUAUCUUCCUUUCAAUUAUACCAACUGCGGUGUUCGUCGCUGCAGCAGUCGCCCGAAUAGCGAUUCUGUUACAGCGCGAAAGGAUAGUUGGGGGUAUUAUUCUUCAAUCGAUCAAGAUUGCAUUUCUGGCUGUUUAUGCGAUCAUCCAACUUGCUGUUCUAAUUCUCAUCGCGACUGGGGCCCCAGGUAUUGUCCACGACCUCUCUCUCGCCGGGUCAUCCCUUGUAGCCACAGCAGCCUUCUUAGCGGUCAUUCUAUCUUCAUACGAGCACUCCUGUGCCCGAAGACCGUCGACUUUGCUUAAUGUCUACAUAUUGCUUACGCUUCUGUUUGACAUCGUACAAACAAGAACGGCAUGGCUUGAAUCUCAACAUGACAUCCAGCCUCGCCUCUUCACUGCGUCUGUUGUCGUCAAAGCCGUUGUUCUCUGUCUCGAGACGAUUCCUAAAACAAAAUGGAUUCACUGGAAUGCUGAUGAGCAUAGUCCAGAGGAAUCGAGCGGCAUAUUCAGUAUUGGUGCUUUCGCCUGGCUGAACCAGCUUUUCAUGAGAGGGUAUCGAGGGGUUUUGGCCAUAGAUGAUCUUUAUCCCCUCGAUGAGAGCAUGGCUUCCAGGAAAUUGUACAGUCAGUUUGUGAAAAGACUUCGGGUGCAUAAAUACAACCUAGAGCUCAAAUCUGGACUUCUGAAGGACCUGGCCAGAACACUCAUCAGUCCAUUCCUCCUCCCAAUUGCGCCUCGCGUUGCCCUCAUUGCCUUCAAAUUCUGCCAGCCCGUCUUCAUCGAUGCUACUCUCGAGUACUUGCAGAUGCCCGAGACUCCGACGACCAAGAACAUGGGCUACGGCUUGAUCGGCGCAGCAUUCCUCAUUUACGCUGGUAUUGGACUUUCUUCGGCCUUCUAUGGUUACUAUCGGGAAAAGGCCGUCUAUAUGAUUCGAGGCUGCCUAGUUGCUGCGAUUUACCAAAAGACAACAGAGAUGAAGAUCACGGCCGCUGAUGAUUCUGCUGCUUUAACGCUUAUGAGCGCUGAUGUUGAACACAUCAUCAGGGGUGCUGAGACAGCUCACGAUAUCUGGGCAAACACCAUAGAAGUAGCCAUCGGUUGCUGGCUUCUGCAUGGGAAGAUAGGUCUAGCAUUCCUAUCUCCGCUUGUAGUGAUCGGUGUUUGCGCUCUUUUGCUGUCCUGGUUGGUUUCAUUCGUUGGCAAGAGGCAGAGCGAGUGGAUGGCGAAGAUCCAGAACAGGGUAGGAUUGACUGCCAAUGCCAUCUCCCAGAUGAAGCUCUACAAAAUCUCAGGCAUUGCUGGACCUGUCGCAGAUCUCAUACAGACGCUCCGCGUUGGAGAAAUCAAAGUUGGGAAUAGCUUCCGCUGGCUUUUGAUAAGCGCUGCCGUGCUGGGCUUUUUCCCGAUUUGCAUCUCUCCAGUCGUCACCUUUGCAUUCACGUCCACGGAGUUAACUGUGAACACACUCUUCACUUCGCUAUCAUACAUACUUCUCUUCACUACUCCUGUAAUCGGUCUCUUCCAGAGCCUUCCGGGCAUUUUUGCUGCCCUGGCAUGCAUGGCUCGAGUGCAAAGAUUUCUUGCCGCAGAUCCGCGCCAUGACUUUCGAAUCCAUGAAAUUGCUCCUGUUUCCGAGAAAAGUUCAUCGGAUCCGUCAAACGAAGUGGCGUUUUCUGUUGAGAACGGCUGCUUCGGAUGGGGAGGAGAGAAAUUGACACUUAGUCAAAUACACGCUUCUGUUCCAGCUCACAAGCUCACCAUAGUGGUGGGCGAGGUUGCAUCUGGCAAGACCACCUUCUGUAAAGCUUUGCUUGGGGAACUGCCUGUCGCUUCAGGGACCGUCAAAACGUACAUACCAUCGCAUCGCAUCGGCUACUGUGAACAGACCCCUUUUCUUUACAACGCGAGCUUCCGUGAAAACAUCGUUGGCCAUUGCGCUUUCAAUCAGAUCAAGUACGACGAAAUUGUGCAAGCUACCAUGCUCGCGCCAGACGUUACACUUUUACCGCAAGGUCACGAUACAAAGAUUGGCAGUAAUGGAAUUAUGCUGAGUGGCGGUCAAAAGCAGCGUCUUUCUGUUGCUCGUGCGCUAUACUCUGAAGCAGAUCUGAUGAUUUUAGAUGAUAUCCUAAGCGGCCUAGACCUAGAUACUGAAUCGGAGCUCUUCAGACGCGUCUUUGGACCAGGCGGUAUCACUCGUCGACGGAACGUCACUGUGGUCAUCUGUACACAUUCAGUCAGGAACCUACCUCUAGCAGACCACAUCAUUGCUCUUGGAAAUGGCACAGUCAUCGAAGAGGGCAAUUUCUCAGACUUGAUGGAGAACAAAAAAUAUGUUCACAGCCUAGGCGUCAAGCACAGAGACACGGAUUCUUCUUCAGAAGAUGAAAAGCCUAUGGCAAGAGCCACCGCCACCACUGUCCCUGCAAUACUUCCUCAAGACGUACCAGCGGCAGAGGAUAUGGCACGACAGCAAGGCGACUUUUCCAUCUACAAGCACUACUUCAGGAGCGUUGGCUUCUGGCCAGUUGUCAUUGUUGCCGUGGCAGGCAUGUUAACCGGUGUCUGCAACAGUCUUUCAAGCGUUUGGAUCAAAUUCUGGGCCGAAGACGCUUUUAACAGAUCUUUUGCCUUCUACGUAGGUAUCUAUGGUAUGCUGCGAGCUGGCUAUAUGGUGUUCUUGUUCUGCGAUGGAGUUACGACAUUGAUCAAGAUGACUGCAUCAGCAGGUACUGAACUACAUGAACGCGCAAUUUUGACUGUUAUCUCUGCGCCGUUGAGGUUCUUCUCAAAGACUGACACCGGUAUCGUGACGAACCUGUUCUCGCAAGAUAUGACUCUUCUGGACAUGGAGCUCCCACUGGCCCUGACCAACUUUUCCCUGGACGUCUCUAAUGCGUUUGGCACUGCAUUCGUUGUAGCUUCAGCAUCACCAUAUCUCGCAGUUGGAUACCCCUUUUUGAUGGGGAUUCUAUACUCGACGCAAAGAUACUACCUAUGCACGUCCAGGCAGCUUCGACUCCUUGACCUCGAGGCUAAAAGCCCAUUGUAGUAAGUGUGAGUUUGCCAAGAGCCGGGAUUGAAAUUCUGACUCUUUGUUUAGUACGCAUUUCACGGACACAAUCAAAGGUGUUGCGACUAUUCGGGCCUUCGGGUGGGAACAAUUUGACAUUGUCCACAGCAACAAACUUCUCGACACAUCCCAGCGUCCAGCGUAUCUCCUGGCAAUGAUUCAACAAUGGCUCGCCACAGUGCUUCACUUCAUUGUUACAGGCACUGCUGUUCUUCUCAUCGCUCUUUCAACUCAGCUUCGAACCAAUGCAGGUUUGACUGGCGCCAGUCUGAUCUCUCUUCUGACCUUCAGUGAAACUUUGUCGAACCUCAUCACGAGUUACACUUCCCUUGAGACGUCACUCGGUGCUGUGAGCCGGUUAAGAUCUUUCAGCGAAACUGUUGAUACAGAGAAUAAACCUGGGGAAGUUAUCGAGCCCCUUGAGACCUGGCCUCAGAGCGGCAGCAUACAAAUCAACAAGGUCUCAGCCUCUUAUGAUUCCCCCAGUAGUGAGCAAGAAGAAGCUGCUUCUAGCUUGGCACUAUGUGAUCUCGACCUGGACAUCUUUCCAGGCCAGAAAGUCGCUAUUUGCGGCCGUACAGGAAGUGGAAAGUCCACUUUGAUCCUCCUUCUUCUACGUCUCAUCGAUCCUCUGUCGUCUUGUGACGCGAAUAUGAAAAUCGACGGCGUUUACCUUCAUCAAAUAGACCGCGCGACCUUGCGCAAGCGCGUCAUUUGCAUUCCCCAGGACGCAGUGUUUCUCCCGGAUGGCAGCUCUGUCAAAGACAACAUCGACCCUUACAAAGCAGCCACAGACGCAGAAUGCUUCAACGUUCUCAACACGGUGCGGUUAGCAGGUUUUGUCCAAGACAAAGGCAGCCUCAACGCUGGUAUGAGCGCCGAUGAUCUCAGUGCUGGACAAAAGCAGCUCUUCAGUCUUGGUAGAGCGAUCCUUCGUCGUAGGGUGCGCGAUCGCCUCGCUGGUGGUGAGAAGCGAGGCGGAUUGCUGUUGCUUGAUGAAGUAAGCAGCAGUGUCGACAAAGUAACUGACAGGGCUAUGCAAGAGAUUAUUCGUAAGGAAUUUGAGAAUUAUACAAUUGUCAUGGUGUCUCAUCGACUUGAGAUGGUUAUGGACUUUUUCGACAGAGUUAUUGUUCUAGACAGGGGUACAGUUGUCGAGUCUGGUGGGCCAAGGGAGCUCGUUGAGACGCCGGGAAGUCGAUUUGGUGAUCUUUGGGCUGUUGAGAAUGACGGCAGGUCAGAAUAGGAUCUGUUCUUCAGUCACUUGAGGAUACCAUAUGAAUGGAUCAAGUCAUGAUAUCAUGAUCUAGGAUUUCUGUUGCAGGCCAUUGUGUACUGAGUUUACAUCAUGUCGCCUAAUUUGAAAGAGCUCACAGUUUAUGAUAGUAUUUCGCCGACUGUGUAUUAUGUCGGCUGCCUAGCCAUGAAUGAAAGAAAGAGAAAUUUCCAAGAUACGCCUUGUAAGUAAUGUUUCAUCACGGGCUCUAGUUAACCCUCCUAUGCAAUCCGUCAAACGCCG